CAGCGGUGCGGGCGCCGGCAGCCGCCACUGUCACCAGCAGCGCGGCCCCCGGGCACUGACAGCUCCGCGCAGCGCGGGGACAAAAGGGCUUUGCUGCGCGGCCGGACACGCGGCUCCAUCCGCUGGGCGCAGAGCAGGGCUCGGGCAGUGCCAUGGGGCUGUGCCGGGGGACAAGGGCCCCCGGGGGCUCUGCUUUGCUCCUGCUGCUGGCCCUGGGCUCUGUCUGGCUGCCCGCGGGGGCCCGGCGGCCACCUCGGCCACCGCCCUGUCCCCCGAGCUGCUCCUGCACCCGUGACACAGCCUUUUGCGUGGACUCCAAGGCCAUCCCCAGGAACCUGCCCCCCGAGGUCAUCUCGCUGACCAUGGUGAACGCAGCAUUCCCGGAGAUCCGCGAGGCCGCCUUCGCCCACAUCCCGUCGCUGCAGUUCCUGCUGCUCAACUCCAACAAGCUGGCGCUCAUCGGCGACGGCGCCUUCGCGGGGCUCUCGCAUCUGCAGUACCUGUUCAUUGAGAACAACGACAUCCAGGCGCUCGCCAAGGGCACCUUCCGCGGCCUCAAGUCCUUAACCCACCUGUCUCUGGCCAACAACAACCUGCAGACGCUGCCCAGGGACCUCUUCAAGCCACUGGACAUCCUGAGCGACCUGGACCUGCGUGGCAACGCGCUGGCCUGUGACUGCAAGAUCAAGUGGCUGGUGGAGUGGCUGGAGACGACCAACACUACGGUGCCCGCCGUCUUCUGCAGCAGCCCCGGGCAGCGGCAGGGCCAGCGCAUCCGCGACCUGGCGCUCGCUGACUUCGAGUGCAUCACGACGGACUUCGUGGUGCACCAGGUGCUGCCCUUCCAGGCGGUGUCGGCCGAGCCCUUCACCUACGCCAGCGACCUGUACCUGGCCCUGGCGCAGCCCGGUGCCAGCAGCUGCACCGUGCUCAAGUGGGACUACGUGGAGCGCAAGCUGCGCGACUUCGACCGCAUCCCCGCCCACUCGGCGGUGCACUGCAAGCCCAUCGUGGCGCACGAGCAGCUCUACGUGGUGGUGGCGCAGCUCUUCGGGGGCUCCUACAUCUACCGCUGGGACACCACCGUGGACAAGUUCAUCAAGAUCCAGGACAUCGACAGCCAGAAGACCCGCAAACCCAACGACAUUGAGGCCUUCCAGAUUGAAGGCGACUGGUACUUUGUCAUCGCCGACAGCUCCAAGGCGGGCUCCACCAGCCUCUACCGCCUCAGCCAGAACGGCUUCUACUCCCACCAGGCGCUGCACGCCUGGCACCGCGACACCGACGUGGAGUACGUGGAGAACGAGGGCAAACCGCGGCUCAUCAUCUCCAGCAGCUCCCAGGCGCCCGUCAUCUACCAGUGGAACCGGGCGCAGAAGCAGUUCACGCCGCAGGGCGAGGUGGGCGACGUGCUCGACGUGCAGAUGGUCAAGCACUUCAAGGUCAAGCGGGACCAUUUCCUGUGCCUCAGCCGCUACAUCGGCGACUCCAAGGUGGUGCGCUGGGACGGGCCGCGCUUCGUGGAGCUGCAGACGCUGCCGUCCCGCGGCUCCAUGGUGAUGCAGCCCUUCGCCGUGGGUCAGCGCCAGUACCUGGCGCUGGGCAGUGACUUCUCCUUCACGCACGUCUACCUGUGGGAGGAGGAGAAGCAGAAGUUUGCCAAGUUCCAGGAGCUGUCGGUGCAGGCGCCGCGCGCUUUCCGCUACGUGCCGGCCGCCGACGUGCAGCUCCUGCUGGCCCCCAGCUUCAAGGCCAACACUCUGGUCUACCGGCACGUGGUGGUGGAUCUCAGCCUCUAGAAGGAAAAGAGGGGCAGCCCGCCAGCCCUUUCACAGCUCCUUCGCCCACUUCGCUGUGCUGACCCCAUUGGGAGCCCUGGGGGAGGCCUGUGGCCCCAGGCGGGAGCUGGGGGCUGUGG